AUGCACCAAAUAGCUGUCUUAGGAUGCGGUAUCAUCGGAAUGACUACUGCAAUGCGAUUGCAGGAACGAUUUCCCGGCUUAAAAAUAACAAUCAUUACGAAAGAAACGAGUCCGAACACUACCAGCGACAUUGCUGCAGGAUAUUGGGCUCCUUUCUCACUGCAAAACACUCCGGAAGGGAAGAUUCUACGAUGGUCGUCUGUCACAUACCAGCAGCUGUUAAAAUGGUGGAAAGAAGGUAGAGCAGCAGAAUUAGGAAUCUGUCUUCUACCAGGUUCAUAUUACACGGAAGAGAAGAAUUUCCAAAUUCCAUCUUGGCUAGAGACCACCUUAGGUUACGAGAAACUACCUGCAAAAUGUUUAGAACAUCUGAGUCGAAAAUACGGCUUGAAAUUAACAAACGGGUACACUUUCACUAGUUUCACUUGGGAAAGCUCGAUCGCUUUGCCCCGUUUACAAAAACAAUUCAUCAAAAACGGCGGGACGAUCGUGAAAAGAGAAGUUAAAUCGUUGAAGGAAUUGGACCAAUUCGAUGCGAUUAUUAAUUGCACCGGUUGGGGUGCUAAAGUUUUGGUCGGUGACGAUAAAAUGAUUCCCAUAAGAGGACAAGUAGAAAAGAUCGAAGCACCGUGGCAAUUCCACGUUAAAAUAGUGGACAGUCCUCGCAAAUUGGGAUAUGUUAUCCCGAAUACUAGGCAUUGCGUAUUGGGUGGUACAGCUAUCGUUACCGACGACACAAGCGUUAAUGAAGAGCAGAAAUUAAACAUAAGAAAGAAUUGUGCCGAAAUAGCCCCGUCUUUGAGCAACGCCAGAACUAAAAGAUAUUUAGUGGGUUUGCGUCCGGGCCGGGAGGAAGUUCGUUUGCAAGUUCAAACUAACGUUAACAACAAGCCGCCUAUAAUCAUACAUAAUUACGGGCACGGAGGCGCCGGAAUAACUUUAUCCAUAGGAUGCGCGGACGAAGUCGCUGAAUUAGUAAAAGAUUUGCUCGGCUUACCGGCCAGCAAAUUGUAA